AUGCCUGGUCCUAUUCGAACCGCUCUCAAGGUCGAUCUCGACAAACCAGCCAAGGAUCAACCAUAUUUGCACAACCGAUGGCAUCCUGACGUUCCAUCUGCUGGAACCAUUAAAAAUGGCGAGACAGUCAAAAUCGAAUGCCUUGAUUGGACUGGUGGUCAGAUCAAGAACGACGAUAGUGCCGACGACGUGAAAAACGUCGACCUGACCCAAGUCCACUAUUUGUCCGGACCUUUUGACAUUGAGACCGCUGAACCCGGUGACGUGCUGUUGGUCGAGAUCCAAGACGUUCAACCAUUCCAGGACCAUCCAUGGGGAUUCACGGGCAUCUUUCACAAGGACAACGGCGGCGGGUUCUUGGAUGAGAUCUAUCCAGAAGCAGCCAAAGCAAUCUGGGACUUUGAAGGCAUAUUCUGCUCGUCACGACACAUCCCCGGCGUUCGAUUUGCCGGUCUCAUCCACCCGGGCAUUCUAGGCUGUGCUCCAUCGCCAGAGAUCCUAGCCGAAUGGAACAGGCGGGAAGCUGAAUUGAUUUCGACCACCACCCUUAGCCGUGUGGUUGCUCAACCACCUGAGCCUAAGAGUGUCCACGCCACUACCGCCGACGAAGAACUCAAGGCCAAAAUCGGCAAAGAAGGCGCCAGGACCAUUCCCGGCCGACCUGAGCAUGGCGGGAACUGCGAUAUCAAGAAUCUAUCUCGCGGGAGCAAGGUAUACCUGCCGGUCCAUGUCAAGGGAGCCAAGUUUUCAGUUGGCGAUUUGCAUUUCUCUCAGGGCGACGGCGAAAUCUCCUUCUGCGGCGCCAUCGAAAUCGCAGGUGUGAUCACCAUCAAAUUCAACGUCAUCAAAGACGGACAAGCAAAACUAGGAAUGGUUGGCGGAAAAUCCCCUAUUUACAUUCCUGGUCCCGUACAACCGCAAUUCUCACCUGGACGGAUGAUUUACUUCGAGGGGUUCAGUGUCGAUGAACAUGGUAAACAACAUUACAUGGAUGCAACGGUGGCGUAUCGUCAGAGUUGUCUUCGUGUGAUUGAAUAUCUCAAGAGGUUUGGAUAUACCGAUUAUCAAAUUUAUUUGAUGUUGAGCUGUAUUCCUAUCGAGGGGCAUGUGGCGGGCAUUGUUGAUAUCCCUAACGCUUGCACUACUAUCGGCUUGCCUAUGGAUAUCUUCGACUUUGAUAUCUCUCCGUCUGCCGAGCCUAAGAAAUUGGAUCUCGGUGACUGUGCUUAUGUGGCUAAGUAA